AAGACCAGAGUGUGAAUGGAAGCAAUUGUUUUGUUGCCUGAGCUGAGGACAAGAAGCGUUGUAACUCAUAGUUGCUUGAUAGACUAAUCCCUUCUUCACGCAAAAGUUCCUGGGGAGGGAUUGAUCCAUUGGUUGGGAAAAGCCCCCAAUUCUGCAAUUUCCAUGGCUCGUUGUUCUUCGCCAUCGUCAAUUAUCUCCACACUCAUCAUCACCGUCGCCUUCGCUAUCGUCCCAAUCUCAUCCUCACUUCCCUUCAUCGUACUUCACGGAAUAGGAGAUCAGUGCUCCAAUCGGGGACUUAAAAGAUUCACUGAGCAACUGAGCAAUUGGUCCAAAUCUGAAGGAUACUGCAUAGAAAUUGGUAAUGGCUCAUGGGACUCCUGGUUUAUGCCCCUAUAUAAACAGACUGAUAAAGCUUGUGACAAGGUGAAGAAAAUUAAAGAACUAAGGAAUGGUUACAACAUAGUUGGGCUCUCCCAGGGUAACUUAAUAGGUCGAGGUGUCGUAGAGUUUUGCGAGGGAGGACCCCCUGUAAAAAAUUUUAUUUCAUUAGGAGGACCUCAUGCUGGUACAGCUUCUGUUCCUCUUUGUGGUUCUGGCAUCUUUUGCAUUUUGGUGGACAACCUGAUCAAAACUGAAGUCUACAGUGACUAUAUCCAAGCUCACUUGGCUCCCAGUGGUUAUCUUAAACUACCAAAUGAUGUUCCCGGAUACUUAAAGAAAUGUAGAUUUCUUCCCAGGCUAAACAAUGAACUUCCUGAUGAGAGAAACACCACUUACAAGGAACGGUUCAGCAGCUUACAGAACCUGGUGCUUAUCAUGUUUGAACAUGACACUGUUCUGAUACCGAAAGAGACUGCCUGGUUUGGAUAUUACCCAUAUGGGGCCUUUGAUCCUGUUCUGCCCCCACAACAGACUAAGCUUUACGUUGAGGACUGGAUCGGUUUGAAAACCUUGGAUGAUGCAGGGAGGGUCAAAUAUGUUAGCGUGCCUGGGAACCACCUCGCAAUCUCAAACAGUGCUGUACAAAGGUAUGUUGUUCCCUACUUGGAGGACAAAGCAUUAGAAAAGCGCAAUGUUAAAAGGCUUGGUGACACCAAGAUCGAUGGGGUUUAUCCCAAAAUUUCACAAGGUCGCAAAGAAAUGCAACUUUUUCAUCAGAGAAACAAGAAGGCUGUGAUAUUCGAACUUUCAUCUUUUAGUUGGCCAGCAUCAGUCACAAAUGUAAUCAGAGAACUGCUUGGCUUGCGGAUUGAUAAGUAACCUCCAGGCGCAUCAUUCUACUCUGGCUAGAAUUCAAGCUGGCGGGGUAUUAUAUAGUAUCUGUAUUUCUGUCGUUAUGCUUGUACGAUAGGUUUAGGGUUUGAUUUUGUUAGGAUAUGCUUUUUCUGUAUUUGGCACUCAUCACUUGAAUUGUUGUUCUGAACCUCGGAUAGCAGGGGCUCAGUCUACGCAUAUGAUAUUUAUUUUUACUGCUUGCAUUUUAUGAAGAAUUAGAUUCCAUAAUUUUACCUGGAA